GCUUAUGUAAUCUAUGGUCGAAGAAAUGCAGUGGGCGAGGUUGGUAAACAUGGUUUAGUGACCUAACCAAACAUUCCACAAGAUUUGAAAUUUUAGUGUUUAUUAUGAAAUAUUCUAGAAUUGUCAUUUUAAAUAGUUAAACCGCAUUAAAAUGUUGAAAUUUACACAUGGUGUAAAGCUCUUCAGGUCUCUCCGCAAGUCUUUAAGAUUUUCUAGUUCUAUUCUAAACAAUUCCAACCUUCACAUUGCUAACAUUGCUAGGAAUAAUUAUGGGAAAUAUGGCAAAGGACAGGAAUGGACCAUUCCGGGAUUAAAUCUCUAUUCUCUCAUCUUACCAUUUAGUAUAGGCAUAGCACAUUGUGACAGUAACUAUGAAGAUAAACAGUUUUUUCGUGUGGUUCGAUAUGGUAUAGCUGUUGAGGUUCAAAAACUGCUGGAGAUGUACAGUAUUGAUGUGAAUAAACGGCACUAUUUAGGUUGGACACCUUUAAUGGUGGCAGUUGUUAAUCAGAAAUUCGACGUCUGCAAACUUUUAGUCGCGGCAGGUGCCGAUCUAAAUCUGACUGACGAGUACACAAAUCCGCACAGAACUGCACAUGAGAAAGGAAUUCACACAUUGGAAGUACUCAUGGUACGAGACGAAGAAUUUUGUAUGAUGCUAAACAACAGGGAGACAUAUUUAGGGUGCACAGCUUUGCAUUACGCAGUAUUGGUAGAUAACUUAGAAAUUGUAAAAUUCUUAAUUGCAAAUGGUGCAAAUCCGUGUAUUGAAAAUGACGCUGGUCACAAACCAUUGCGAUAUGCGCGAGCAAACAGUGAAGUAGAACAGUUCUUAAAAGAUACCACUUCUAAGUACGAAGAACGUCAGAAAGAGAAAGAGUUAGAGGAACGCAGGCGAUUCCCCAUUGAGGAACGAUUGAAGCAGUUCAUUGUUGGACAGGAGGGCGCCAUUACAACUGUUGCUGCUUGUGUACGGCGGAAGGAGAAUGGGUGGGUCGACGAGGAUCAUCCAUUAGUGUUUCUUUUUCUGGGAUCAUCUGGAAUCGGGAAGACUGAGCUGGCAAAACAGUUGGCUGGGUAUAUUCAUAAAGAUAAAAAGGCAGCUUCGUUUAUUCGUUUGGAUAUGUCUGAAUAUCAGGAGAAACAUGAGGUAGCAAAAUUAAUUGGGGCCCCUCCGGGUUACAUAGGUCACGACGAUGGCGGUCAAUUAACGAAACGAUUAAAAGCUUGCCCGUCCGCGGUUGUACUCUUCGACGAGGUCGAUAAAGCCCAUCCGGACGUUUUAACUGUACUUCUCCAACUGUUCGACGAGGGACGAUUAACCGACGGGAAGGGCAAAACCAUCGAAUGCAAAGAUGCAAUCUUCAUAAUGACCUCCAAUUUGGCAAGUGACGAGAUUGCUAGUCAUGGAUUGGAAUUAAGACAGGAGAUUGAGAACGUGCGAAAUGAACGUUUGCAGCUCAAAUUAGAUGACAAAGAUAUCGUUGAUAAUAUCACUAUCUCGCGCAAAUUUAAGGAUACUGUUGUGAAGCCAAUUUUGAAAAGGCACUUCAAACGGGACGAAUUUUUGGGCAGAAUUAACGAAAUCGUGUACUUCCUACCAUUCUCUCGAAACGAGUUAAUACAAUUGGUAAAUCGAGAACUGACAGUCUGGGCCAAGCGGGCCACCGACAAGCACAAAAUCGACUUAAAGUGGGAUAGAAGUGUGGAAUCUGCGCUGGCCGACGGUUACGAUGUCAAUUACGGCGCACGCUCGAUUAAGUACGAAGUGGAACGCCAGGUUGUUAAUCAACUGGCGGCGGCGCACGAACAGGGAUUGCUAGGUAAGGGUAGCACGGUCAAGGUUUCCAUGAGUUGGAAGGAUGUAGAGGAUGUUAAACGUGUGAAGUUGCAAGUUAAGAAGAAAGGCUACAAAGAUUUUAUCGAUAUUGACCAAUUUCAGUCCCCUGUUAAGAAUGUUCACUCCUUUUUUGGUUAAAAUGUAUUUGAAAUAAUAAUAGUACAAUUUGUUUAUAAUUUUGUGUAUAUAUGUUAAAUAAAUUAUUUAUUCAAAUCGAA